AUGCCGGACAAGUUCUUCCGGCGCGUCGUGAAGGACCUGCCUCCCCUCCGCCAGUACGCCGUCGGCAACGUCUUCUUCGCGCCGGGCACCAACUUCAUCGGCGACGCCAAGCGCAUCUUCGAAGAGUACGCGCGCAUCAUCGUCGGGCUUCGCUGCGUGGGCUGGCGGGUGGUGCCGACCUGCAACGAGGGGCUCGGGGCCACCGCCAAGAACGCCGAGCCGCACAUCGAGCAAGCCAUCGUGGUCGCCGAGGGGGAGUGCGCGGAGAACGAGGACCUCUUCAUGGCGACGCUCUACCGGCUGCGCCGCACGGCCUCGUGGGCCAUCAACAAGAGGCUGCAGAAGGGCUUCUACUUCUGCUCGCUGUCCUGCCGGACCAUCACCUACAAGGGGAUGCUGACCUGCGGCCAGCUCUCCGAGUACUUCCCCGACCUCCGCGAGCCCGACUUCGAGGCGCACGUGGCGAUUGUGCACUCGCGCUUCUCCACGAACACGUUCCCGUCAUGGCAGCGGGCCCACCCCUACCGCCUCCUCGCGCACAACGGCGAGAUCAACACCAUCAAGGGCAACACGAACUGGAUGAAGGCCCGCGAGGCGCUCAUCAGCAGCCCCAUGCUGCCCAACAUCGAGGACACGUUCCCCCUCUUCCACGACGACCAGACUGACAGCAGCCAGUUCGACAAUAUCAUGGAGGUGAUCGCACUGGGAGGCCGACCCCUGGCAGAGGUGGCCAUGCUGAUGGUCCCCCAGGCCUGGGAGAAGACGCCGUUCAUCACCGACAAGAUGAAAGACUUCUACAAGGUGCAGGCCGCGGUCAUGGAGCCCUGGGACGGGCCCGCGCUGCUGUGCUACACCGACAGCAACACGGCAGGUGCGUGCCUGGACCGCAACGGCCUGCGGCCCUGCCGCUACUACAUCACGAAGGACAACCGCAUCAUCUGCGCAUCGGAGGCGGGCGUCAUCCCUGCGGUGGAGCCCGCCGACGUGGUGAAGAAGGGCCGGUUGCAGCCAGGGCAUAUCAUCUCCAUCGACUUCAAGGAGCACAAGGUGCUGUACAACGAUGAGGUCAAGGAGAAGAUUGCAGCCUCCAGGCCCUUCGGGAAGUGGAUCCGGGAGGAGGGCAUCACCCUGGCCGACCUGCGCAAGCACGCCGUUCGCCCGGCGAAGAAGUUCAGCUUUUCGCAGGCGCACGAUCUCCGCAUGGCCAACGCCCUGGGCGGCGGCGGCGGUGAUGACGGGCCCCGCCCGGGGGACCCCAGCGACCAGGGGUUGCGCGCUUUUGGUUACACGACGGAGUCGCUGGAGCUGCUCUUGCUGCCCAUGGCGGACAAGGGCCAGGAGGCCCUCGGGAGCAUGGGCAACGACACUCCGCUGGCCUGCCUGUCCGACCUGCCCAGGCCCGUCUACGACUUCUUCUACCAGAGGUUCGCCCAGGUGUCGAACCCGCCGGUCGACCCCAUCCGCGAGUCGAGCGUCAUGUCCCUGAGCGCCUGGGUCGGGCCGGAGACGAACCUUCUGGCGCCCCUGUCCGCGAAGCACUGCCGCAGGCUGUGGCUCGAGAGCCCUUGCCUGCUCCCCGCGGAGAUGGACACCAUCUACGCCAUGGGCGGCUUCCGGGGCUGGAGGAUCCACUCCAUCGACGCGACGUUCCCGGUGUGCGAGGGGACCCGCGGCCUGGAGCGCCACUUGAUCCGCGUGUGCCAUGAGGCCUGCGACGCCAUCCGCUUCGGGAGCUGCAAGAUCCUGGUCCUCACCGACAGGGCCGUGGCCCGCGACCGCGCCCCCCUGCCGGCGCUCCUGUGCUCCGGCGCCGUGCACCAGGCUCUGGUGCGCGAGAAGCUCCGGCUGCACGCCGGGCUCGUCGUGGACUCUGGGGAGCCCCACGAGGUCGCUCAUCAUUGCCUGCUCGCGACCUUCGGCGCCGACGCGGUGUGCCCAUACAACGCCUACGAGGCGAUCUCGAAGCUCGUUCGCGACGGAAACUUGUCCUCCAGCACUCCUGAGACGGAGCUGUACAAGAACUACCAGAAGGCGGUCGGUGCCGGCAUGCUGAAGGUGAUGGCGAAGAUGGGCAUCUCGUGCAUCCAGAGCUACAAGGGUGCGCAGAUUGCCGAGCCGAUCGGCCUGCACGAGGACGUCACCAGGAUGUGCUUCACGGGCUCCGACUCGCAGGUCGGCGGCCUGGUCUUCAGUGACAUCGCCGAGCGCUCCCUGCGUCUCCACUCCAGGGGCUUCCCCGUGACGACGAACCCUUGCGACAUGAUUACCACAGGACUGUAUAACGAUGGCAAGUAUCACCUCCGGCAGCUCGGCGACUCGGAGCUGCAUCUAAACGAGCCCAUGGCCAUCGCGAAGCUUCAGGAGGCCGCCCGGACGAACUCCCGUGCCGCGUACGCCCAGUUUGCGGCGAUACACAACAAGACCAAGACAAAGGGGUCCCUCUGCGGGCAGCUGGAGUUCCGCAGCCCAGAGGAGUACAGCAGGAAGGCGCUGAGCAUUGACGAGGUGGAGUCGGCGGCGAACAUCGUGAAGCGGUUCCGGACGGGGGCCAUGUCGUACGGCUCCAUCUCGAUGGAGGCGCACGCCACGCUGGCCAUGGCCAUGAACAAGCUGGGGGGCAAGUCGAACACCGGCGAGGGCGGCGAGGACCCGCUGCGCUUCCGGGAGAUGGCGGACGGGCACUCGGCCAACUCCGCCAUCAAGCAGGUCGCGUCGGGCCGGUUCGGCGUGACGAUCGAGUACCUCACGAACGCCAAGGAGAUCCAGAUCAAGAUGGCCCAGGGCGCCAAGCCCGGGGAGGGCGGAGAGCUGCCCGGCUGGAAGGUGGAGCCCCACAUUGCCGAGUGCCGCAACAGCACCCCGGGCGUCGGGCUGGUCUCGCCCCCGCCGCACCACGACAUCUACUCGAUCGAGGACCUGGCGCAGCUCAUCUACGACCUCAAGAGCGCGAACCCGGAGGCCAGUGUCAGCGUCAAGCUGGUCAGCGAGCAGGGCGUCGGUGUCGUGGCGGCCGGGGUCGCCAAGUGCAAGGCCGACCACAUCCUGAUCUCCGGGUGCGAGGGCGGCACGGGCGCCUCGAAGUGGACGGGCAUCAAGCACGCGGGGGCGCCGUGGGAGCUCGGCCUCGCCGAGAGCCACCAGACCCUGGUCCUCAACGGCCUGCGGGGGAGGGUGUCGCUCGAGACCGACGGGCAGCUCAGGACGGGGCGGGACGUGAUCAUCGCCGCGCUCCUGGGGGCGGAGCACUUCGGCUUCGCAACGGCCCCGCUGAUCGCCAUGGGUUGCAUCAUGAUGCGCAAGUGCCAUCUGAACACGUGCCCCGUGGGGAUUGCCACCCAGGACCCCGUGCUUCGGGCCAAGUUCGAGGGGCUCCCCGAGCACGUAGUGAACUACCUGUUCAUGAUCGCCGAGGAGGCCCGCACGCUGAUGGCCAGGCUCGGCUUCCGCUCCGUCGACGAGCUGGUCGGCCACACCGAGGUCCUGACGGUGAACCCCACGAGGUUUUUCGAGACGCCGCUGGUCCUGACGAAGCUCUUGACGCCGGCGCAUCUGCUCCCGGACGCUGGCAGCAUCGGUAAGGUCGAGAACCGUAAGAUGUACGAGCAGGACCACUCGGACAUCCUGCCGCCUGGUUGCGUGACAGCAAAGCUCAUCGAGGCCUUCCAGGGCACGCUGGAGACCGGCCGGCCGUCCAAGCACACCAUCACGGGCGUGCGCAACCUCGAGCGAUCCGUGGGCACCGUGCUGGCGUCCAGGUGGGGCGACUCGCUGGCGGCUGGCGCCUGCCACGCCAAGCUGGAGGGCACGAGCGGCCAGUCGUUCGGCGCGUUCUGCGGCAAGGGCAUCUUCCUCGAGCUGGAGGGCGACGGGCAGGCUGCCUCCACCGGAAACAAGAGCUCCUACCACAUUUGCGUGGCAGCGGAGCCCGUGGCUCGCCCCACGGGCUCCGGGGUGCGCGUGGUCAGGCCGAUGACUGUAGCCGGUGUCCGACGGGUCUCGUACAAGCCGAGCGCAAGCCAACCCGCGGAAUUCCGCAGCGAGACCUACGAGGACGGAGGCUUCAAUUCUGAUGGCACAUUCGCCACGGCAGAGCGUGAAUGCAUGGAGCGGCAUGUCGAACGCAGCGCCACAAAGUUCCCCAGGGCGGUCGGCAACGACGAGACGUUCACAAUGUAUUGCAUGGGAGGUGGAGGCAAGCCCGUGAUCGAGCACACGGAGGUUCAACAGUUCAAGUCGCUCCAGGGUGGCGAGACCAAGCUCAGGGAAUGGAGCGGUACGCUGUUGAAUGCGUUCGCCCAGGACACCACCGCCCCCCUCCACCAGAGCGCGCAGGGCGACCCCGCAGAUCCCAGUGGCCCCAAGCCGGGGGCGGCGAAUUUCGCAAAGGGCCUCAGCGGCGGCGUCGUUGUUGUCUACCCGAACAAGAAGGCGAUGGAGAGCGGCUUCAAGUCGGAGGAGAACGUUAUUGUCGGCAACGUCUGCUUGUACGGCGCAACCAAGGGAGCCGCAUUCGUGCGCGGCAUCUGCGCGGAGCGCUUCGCGGUCAGGAACAGCGGCGCCUGGGCUGUGGUCGAGGGUGUCGGGGACCACUGUUGCGAGUACAUGACCGGUGGCCGCGUGGCGGUGCUCGGCAUCACCGGCAGCAACUUCGCCGCCGGCAUGAGCGGCGGCGUCGCGUGGGUGUGGGACCCGAAGUUCCAGUUCGAGAGGAACGUGAACAAGGAGAUGGUGAAGCUGUCCCGCAUGGCCGCCAGUGAGCGGCACGAGGCAUACCCGCACGACUCGGAGGACCUGCAGGACCUGCUCAGGGCUCACUCGAAGCUCACCGGCAGUGCCGUCGCGGGCGACAUACUCGCCAGGUGGCCUCAGUCGUUGCCCGAGUUCGUGCGCGUGUUCCCGACGGACUACGAGGGGGCGAUGCUCAAGGGCGACAAGGGCAAGGCCGACUCGGAGAGGUUCAGGUCCUGGCUGCCGCAGGUCGACGUGCCCAUGGAAGCGCCCAAGGUACAGGAGAACGGGAAGGCCGCGAAGGAUACUUUCAAGUUCCCCACCCUCGACAUCGAGGAUUGCGCCACCCUCUCCAAGCGACCGAAGGUCGACGCGGAGGAGGCUCUCAAGGGCAACAACGGCUUCGUGAAGUUCUCCAGGGCCGAGAUCGCCAAGCGCGACAUCAAGGCCCGCGCCGGGGACUUCGUGGAGAUCUACACCCACGAGGACAAGCAGGCGGUGCGGACGCAGGCCGCGCGGUGCAUGGACUGCGGCACCCCCUUCUGCCACCAGUCCGUGACGCAGCGGUCUGGCUGCCCCCUCGGCAACCUGAUCCCCGAGUGGAACGCGCUGGUGAAGAAGGGCGACUGGAAGACGGCCUUCAUGCGCCUCAGGCAGACCAACAACUUCCCUGAGUUCACGGGCCGCGUCUGCCCGGCCCCCUGCGAGGCGGCCUGCACCCUCGGCAUCAUCGACGACCCGGCGCGGGGGGGCGGGCCGGGGAGCCCCCCUCAGUUCAAGGGCUAUGAUGCUUGA